CCUCCGUUCUGCUGGAAACCGCAAAGCUGUACAUAAAUCUGGGACAAAGAUAACUGCGCUGUACUGCAGCAUGCCGAAGGAGGUGGACCGCUUCCAGGGCGGAGGAGGCGAGGAGUCCAAGGAUGCCUCCGAGGAGACGGUGAGGAAGAGAGUCCGGGUAAACAGUCCCAGUCCUCAAACAAGUAGCAGUCCACAAGCCAGCCCCCCUAGGUUUGUCUCUGUGGAGGAGCUGAUGGAGACAGCUAAAGGACUCACAAACUUGGCUUUAGCUCAUGAAUUGAUUGUCAACCAGACUUUUCAGGUCAAACCCUCAGAGCUUCCUGAAGGAAGUUUGGAGCGCAAAGUGAAGGAGAUCAUGCACAGGGCCUUCUGGGAUAAUUUGGAAGCUCAGCUGAAGGAAGAUCCGCCAUCUUACGAGCAUGCCAUCAAACUUCUUGGAGAUAUUAAAGAGACGCUGCUGUCCUUCUUGCUGCCGGGGCACAGGCGACUGCGCUCCCAGAUCGAGGCGGUUCUGGACCUGCCUCUAAUCCAGCAACAGGCUGAAAAUGGGGCACUCGACAUCGGUCAGCUGUCCCAGUUCAUCGUUGAGAUGAUGGGCUCUCUGUGCGCCCCCUGCAGAGACGAGGACAUCAAUAAGCUGAAGGAGAUCACUGAUAUUGUGCCUCUGCUGAAAGCCGCGUUCUCUGUGCUGGACCUGAUGAAGGUGGACAUGGCCAACUUUGCCCUGAGCAGCAUCAGACCUCAUCUCAUGCAGCAGUCGGUUGAGUAUGAGAGGAACAAGUUCCAGGAGUUUUUGGAGAAACAACCCAAUGCCUUAGACUACACUAAGAAGUGGCUCGAGGAAACGGUGAAAUGUCUGAGAGAGACGGCUAGUUGUAGUGCUGCCUCUCAUCAGUCUCCAUCACUCAUGCUCCUAAACGUCCACAAUCACUCAUAUCUUCGCCUGCUCAGGUGGGACCAUGCUGUGGACCCCUUCCCAGAGACAGUGCUGAUGGAUCAGGUUCGGUUCCAGGAGAUGCAACAGGAGGUCGAGCGGUUAGUUCUGCUCUCCUCAGUGCUCCUUAUUGUUUACACUACAACAGGAGAGGCCAUCUCAGGCCUGCCAGGACUGAUGGAGACCCUUAAAAACACUGUUGGUGUCAUGCUUGCAGAUAUGCACGCACCGUCUUUUAGUAUACAGGAGGCCCUAGCGACCAUCGGGGAGAAACUUUGUAUUGAGCUGAGUCACUCUCUGAGCCAGCAUGGAUACUCUCCGUUUUCAGCUGACCGUAAGGGUACCCUGAAGGGACAAAUCUCGGCCCUCAUCCAACCAGACAACACAGUCAUUAAGCUGAUGGACUCUCGGGUUCAGAGCUACCUCCUGGCUUCCCUGGAGUCUAGUCAACACAAGACCCCUUCUCCUCUCCCGGGAGGUCUGGCUCCGGUCAGCAGGGAGCUUAAAGAGCUCUCCGUUCGCUUCAGCCGCCUGGUCAACUUCAAUAAGCUGGUCUUCUCCCCGUUCUACCAAAAGAUCCUCCAGGACAUCCUUACAUCCGAGGAGAGCCUGAGCACCGACUCGUAAUCGAGGAUCGUUGUGGAGAGUGGUCCGUAGUUCUGCUGAUUUCCCUCCUUAGUAACAGUUUGGAGAAAAGAGUUGAGGAAGAUGAUCUAUAAUUACUAAAGGAAGCCAGCUGUAAAAAAAUGUGCACCUUUAACUCACCUGAACAAAACAAAACCACAACUUUUCAGUUCUGAUUACUCACAGUGUUAUUUAUUCAUUAAAAUAUCAAACCUCAC